UCGUUUAUUUUUUUGGAUCCUUGAGUACCUGUGAACCAAAUAUUUUUGGAGUAUAUAUAAUUUGGUUGGAUUCUAAGAAAAAAAUUCAUUCACUUGUGUAUUCGUUUAUUUUUUCUUCGUUGGAUCCUUGUGUACCAACAAAUAAUCAAUUAACAACAACAGCAGCAGCAGCAGUAUAUAUAAUUCGGUGGCUUGGAUUAUCUUUUUUUAAUUUGAUUUGAUUGAUAUCAAUUUUUUGUAUUCUGACCAAAAGCUUCCUACCAAAGAUGCCUUCCGGAUCAAAUUCCAUCGAUUUAUCGAUUAUGAUCGAAAGAAUUCGUGAACGUUUGGAACGAGAAUUUGGCGAAAAUGAAACGUUAUAUCAUCCGAAUGAUAUCGAAAGAAUUCGUACGGAUUCAUGGCAAAUAGAACGUUAUAUUGAAGAAUAUCAUCAUAAUGAAGAUAAAGCUUAUGAUGCGAUCGUAAAAACAUUGAAAUGGAGAAAAUCUGAACGUGUGAAUGAAAUUCGUGAAACAGAUUUUUUUAAAGAAAUAUGGACAUUCACCAGUGCAGAAAUUCAUGGCCAUGAUCAUCAAGGACGUGCUCUAUAUUGGGUAACAGUACAAAAUGUUUCCAUACCAAAAGAUAUUAUAGAUUUGGCAUAUCGAUUCACUCUUUAUCUUGCUGAACAACUAGAGAAAGUGGCUGGACGUAAUGGCUGUACAAUAGUGGCCAAUGUUCGUCAUGCUGGUUUACGCAAUUUUCAAUUAGAUAUAAUACGAAUGCUUCUAACCCUUCCACAACAUUAUCCUGGUUUAGUACGAUUGUUUUUAUUCGUUGAUCAACCAUAUUUAUUAAGGACUGUGACAAAUAUUUUUCUCAACAUAGUUGAUGAAAAAAUACGCAAACGAAUGGCAUUCAUAUCAAACGCAGAUCUGACAAAAUAUGUCGAUCCAAAAUUGAUUCCAAAAUCAAUGAAUGGUAUGCGAACAAAAUUAUUUCAACCAACAAAUAUACCAUCAAUAAAAGAUUGUUAUGAACGUUUAGGAUUAGGAAUGAAAAUCUGUGAUGAAGUGGAUAAAGCGUUGAACAUUGUUAAAAAACAUUUAAUUUGAAUCCAUUUAAUAUUGUUAAUUCACAUAUAUAGAUAAUCGAUAACCACUAGUUAGACACUAUUUUUAUUUUUAUUUUAUUUUAUUUUUUCAUUUUCAAUUUAUCAUUUUAUUUGUUGUAUUAAUCAAUCAAUUAAUAAUUAAUUAAUAUUCAUGUAAAUUUGUUAGUAUGUGCGUAUAAUAGUGCAUUAUAUAUGAUGAUUUUAAAGUUUGUUUUUUGUUGUUUAAAAAUAAAAAUUUGAAAAACAAAAC